CAGGUGUUGUGAGCAUCCUUCAACAAAGCAAUGGUGCGCACCUUUAUACCGCAGCCAACACAGGAUGAUGCUCAAGUCCUACUGGCCAAACGGUUUUUCGUAGUGGGCUGCCUGGGCUUGCCCUGGCUGUGGGCCGUCUCUGUGCUUUACUUCUGGCCUAAACUCCACGGAAAUGAAACCGCUGAGCAGACUGGCCAAGCGCAUGGAGACAGCAAUUUGAACAGAGAAGGACCACGCGUCGCGAAGUCGGAAUUACGGAAGUGGGUAAACCGCUCCUUAGUGGGAGCCAUAGUAGGCUUCGGCCUCCUCUUUGCUUGGCUUAUUUUCUUCCAACUGCGAUGGCAGAAAUGGGGUUACGGCGUGCUCCCCUACAUGGUCAGCGCGCCACAGAGCUAUUCGUCGGGAUGGUAAAGCAAAGUAAAGGAGCAAGGACAAAAU